UUUAGGUCGGUGUAUACCUUUCAUAGAGACAAUUGAGUUUCUGUGAAGGUGGUCAUGACCUUCUGGUGGAAAUUAUGGCCACGUACUUAGCAGUUUUGGUAACGUUCCUUUCCCGGAUUGCGGCUGUGACGUUAACGGGACUUAUUGACGAUGGAUUCACAUCCAGUUGCGUUGUUAAACGUCAGUUCCAAUCUCCUUAUGUCACACCCAUUCUGGAUCAAGUUGCGAUAGUGACUGGAUGCAGUAGCCAGGAUAUCACUUCAACUUCUCAGGAAAUUCAUGUGAUCAGUUUGGGUAGUUCGGGUUAUAACCUAACUUCCCUGACUGACUAUUUGCCGACAGUGUCCUUAUUAAUCAAACCACAACAACAACACAGCACCCACGCGGGACCACUUGUAGUUGUGUUACAUGCCACAAAUCCUGUCAUGUGGCAAUUGUUCGUUGAAAGAAUUUCAAGUUCCUCAAGACUUGUUGUUGUGGUGACCGAGCCUUCUCAAUUAGUUUCGAGUGCACCGUUAAAGUUAUCUACUAAUAGAAAACCACAACUACCUCUCAGAAGAUUACUAGGAUGGGUACAGCAACAGUACGGUUCUGUAACAUCCCUAUCAAGGAUAUCUGUGGCUAAUACUGUCACAUUAACUGUGGGAACAAAUGGUGAAACCAUUGCUCAAUGUGAUACAACCAGUAUGGCUCCCACAGAACGUGUUUGGGCUUCCUACAUUCAACCACAACCUGUAAUAGGAUGUGCGGCAGAAAGAAAGUUUUAUUCUUAUGCAAGGUAAGAUACAGUGUAUACUUGAUAAAU